UCUCCUAGGUUUGACUUUUUUUUUACAAUGGAGCAGAUGAUCGAACUCAUAACUUCAAUGUAAAGACAACAAAUGAUCAUAGGUAAAGUCAAACAUACGAGAAUAACUAUAAAUAAUUACAGACAUAAUUACUGAAAAUCAAACUUAAUUACAUAAUAUUCUAUCACUAAUAUUUCAUCUUUGAUUAGGUGAUUUCAAAAUAUGAAUUAUUCCUUUCAGCUACCUCUUCUUAUGUCCCUUAUAUAGUUAUAUAGUCUCACUCUUCAAAAAGUUCAUAAUUCAAAACCAUUGAGCUCAAAAGAGCACAUCACAAAACACAUAGACUCUAUCUAGAUGGAGAAACUAUUCAAAAUUAAAGCCACGUUCUUGAAGUUUCUAUCAAAACAACCAGUGUCACUAGUUGCAUUUCAAAACCCAACUCUUAGUCCUUGUCGAUCGCCUACGACACACGGUGUUUCAUUGUUCCCUAAAGAACAUAGAAGAAAGCACAAAAGGGGAAUUAGUUUUAGUCCAAAAGAACCAACUUCUCCGAAAGUCUCGUGCAUCGGUCAGGUUAAGUCCAAGAAGAAGAAGAAAAAGGACAUGAAGUUACAUAAAGGGGUUCAACAAGUUUCAACCAAAAACAAUGAUUCUGUUAGGUGUCAUGAAAAGAAGCUUUUGGUUUGGAAUUCUAAGGGAAGUUAUGAGGGUGGGAAGCAAGGUGGGGAAGAGAAGUAUUCAGCUAUGGUGAGUAGUGUCCCUCCAACUUUGGAUUCUAUGAAGAAAUUUAGUAGUGGGAGAGGAUCAUUGUAUGAUUUUGACGCAACACUAUCAGAAAGGUGAAUGUAACAUAUUUUUUUUAUAUUAACCCUCUCGUUCUCACGAGAAGACGCCCCAGUAAUUCAGAGUCCGGACGCGAAGUUUUCGGAAAAACUCAUUAACCAGUUGAACUUAAUAACUUAGUUAAGGUGAAUGUAACAUUUUUAUUUUGGUAAUAAUAAGAAUGUAACUUUCAUUUAUAGUGCUCUAUAGCAAAAGAUGAUUUAAUGUUUGUUGUAGUCACACCAAAACAUA